UUAAGUGUUUGUUUCCUUCUUUGACCCCUCUCGUCUCUCUUGUUCAAUAAAAUCGUAUAUCUUAAUCGCUUCCAUCAUUUCCCUCUCUCUUGCCCUCUUUUUUAUUUAAUUUUUGUGGUCGGGGUUUAUUGAGUUUCCUCCUCCGUUGAAACCCUCGAGUGAUCGCUGCGCUUAAUUCACACUCUUUCGAUUGAUUCGAGGGUUUUUUCUUUACUUGGUUUUGAUUUUGUGGGCUUCAUUUAUCUGGGUUUGGUUAAUUGAGAUUAUCCUUUCGUACAAAUUUGUUGUUGGUAAAGAAUGGCUCUGGCUUCUGUUCUUCUGGAGAUUUUGGGGAGACCUACAAUUGGGGAUGUUUUGAGUGACCUAAUGAUAUAUAUGGCUCCUUUGUGGAUUGGGGUUAUUGUUGGUGUUCUUAUUGGGUGGACGUGGAAGCCGACAUGGGCCAAUUUAGGUUGGGAAAUGUUGAAUUCUUCCAUCUCGAAGGCGUCUAGGGAGACUGCGUCAUCAUCUUCGGAAAGUCCGAUAGGUUUUGGUUCCUUUUCGAUGUUCGAUUCGUUGAAGGUUCAUUUGCCUGGUUACAUUUCCUGGACGUCAGAUGACGGGGUUCCGAAGGAUGAUUUCUCUGUGCCACCUACCGACAUAUCCGAAUGCAGUGGGAGUUUAUCCGAGCUCGAAAACGAAAAACCUGGACUUGUGAAUGGAGAUGAUUUAGAGCAUUUUUGUAAGCUUGUAGAAGUUAAAGAUGAAGGUCCUGCUUGGAUUCAUAUGAUGGAUCGUUCUACCCCGAACAUGACCUAUCAAGCCUGGCGGAGAGAUCCUAAGACUGGUCCUCCACAAUAUCGUAGCAAAACUAUCUUUGAGAAUGCUACCCCAGAGAUGGUGAGAGAUUUCUUUUGGGAUGAUGAGUUUAGAUUGAAAUGGGAUGACAUGAUUGUCUCUGCUGAAACUUUGGAGGAGUGCCCCACUACAGGAAACAUGGUGGUUCACUGGGUACGCAAGUUUCCCUUCUUUUGUAGCGACAGAGAAUACAUUAUCGGGCGCAGGAUUUGGGAAUCAGGACACUUGUACUAUUGUGUUACAAAGGGAGUACCCUGCUCUACUGUGCCUAGAUGCAACAAACCAAGACGUGUUGAUUUGUAUUAUUCAAGUUGGUGUAUCCGUGCAGUUGAAUCAAAAAGAGGGAAUGGCCAGCUUACUGCCUGUGAGGUGUUACUGUUCCAUCAUGAAGACAUGGGUAUACCUUGGGAAAUUGCUAGAAUCGGAGUGCGGCAGGGUAUGUGGGGAGCUGCGAAAAAGGUUAACCUUGGCUUUCGUGCAUAUCAGAAGGAGAGGGCAUCAGGUGCCCCACUCUCGCGUUGUGCUUUCAUGGCUCAAAUCAACACUAAAGUGAGGGCAAACUACUUGAGAUCCUUGGAGAGUAGUUCAAGUGGUUCAUCAGAUGAUGAAGUGAAGGAUUUGUCUGAGAAACCAUUGGGAAGGAACAUACCUAAGCUGUUAGUUGUGGGUGGUGCGGUGGUCCUUGCUUGUAGUCUUGACCGGGGGCUCUUGACAAAAGCAGUUAUAUUUGGAGUAGCCCGAAGAUUUGCAAAUAUUGGAAGGAGAUUGUAAUUCAGGUAAACGUUUUGCUUCAUAGCGAAGAUGGCGGCCAUGUAAAUUGAUGUUGCAGUGAAGUGAGAAAUCGCCCAAGAAAUGAGUCUCCACACUCACCCUCCCCUUUUUGAGAGAACAGAAAGUCGUUCUUCUUUUUCUUUUUCUUUUUCUUUUUUUCUUUUUGAUAACUAGAGAUGAAAUACAUUGUCUUGAACCCACCUUUGGGUGUAUGAAGCACUCAUUCUGAGCUUAACAUAUUUGAGAUUGUGGGAAACGACAUGCUAUUGUUGUGUAAUAAAUCUUCUUCUUCAUGGCUUUCCAAGUU